AUAGACGAGCAGGAACCAACAGACAUUUUAUGAACAGAGUCCUAUUUACAGUAGACAACUCAUGUAUACAGUGAUCAUUCAAAUAUCGAACAAUUUUAAAGUUCAGCUCGACUUGUACGAUCCCUUCAGUGUUGAACAGGCAUUAAGUUGUGUUUCGAAACAAUUAUAUGCUCGUAUUUUAGCUGGUUUAUCGAUACGGGCCUUGAAGUGUUGAUGUUUUCUUCUACGAAACAAAAAAAUGCCAACGGACAGAUUUCUGUUUUCCGAUCAAAUGUGACGGGACACAGCUAAUGUGGAAAGAUGAAUCCAACUAGAAGUAGGAACAUUUUAGACGAGGCAGAUUUAUUCAUGAUAUAACGGAUACCGAAGAGUUUACGACAACAGGCACAGACCAAUUAAUGAUCGUUUCUAGCUGUUUAACAAAUCCCGGAUAAGAAAAUCUGCACUAUGUAAGUAUGCACAUAGAAUUCCUCCCCCCGAGAUGUCACUAAAGGAAAGACAACUUCUGGUGGCAGUGGAGAAGGCCCAAACCAAAAUGAUAGAAACUCUGAUUUCACAGGGCGUAUGUGUCAACUGUAAAGCACGGGAUGACGGUUCGACACCAUUGAUCAAAGCAGCAAAAUGUAGAAACCACGUGGUCCAAAAGUUACUAUUGCAACACGGAGCAGACAUUUCGGCAAAAAAUUCGCUGGGACUGACGGCCCUGCACUAUACGGCGGAGGCGGGUGACACAGAGACCCUCAAGUUAUUAUUGGCCUACAAGUCUUCCCUGGAUGUCCCGGAUGUGGAGGGGUGUACUCCUCUUCACUAUGCAGCGUAUCGCAAAAAUCUGGCAACAGCGGAAAUCCUUAUCUUCUGUGGUGCAAACGCAGAUUUUAAAAAUAAGAAAAGACUGUCUCCUUUCGCUACUAAUAGAAAUGAAGACUUCAGGGAACUGGCAAGACAGUCCAGAAAGGUGCGAGAAGCCAUAGAACGCAAAGAUAUUAUUAUCGAACACGACGAGCUUCAUCCUGGUAAGACGAGCCAUCUCAAGGAUAUUGGACUCAAGAUAUUCACACCUGAUAACUUCAAAUUGCACAGUCUAAGCUUUCUGUGCAGACGGGUUCGUCCUGAGUUAUGCGCAGACUCUCUCAAGCCCGUCGGGAAGGAAAUUCUGAUCAGCGAUGCGUUUGAAUAUAUAACAUCUACUGUGCAUGUUAAUGGAGAAGUGGACCUUGAAGUUCCUCUUUACGACCAUCCUGACCCAUACGAGAUCAUUCAGAUUAAAUCCAACGUAGGUAACAUAGAGGACCCCUCGGCAAUAGUUGAGGGACCAACUACGUAUAAUGAGCAUUCAGGAGUUCUACGUUGGAAGCUGAGGAUACGCUUGGACAUAACAAAGAUUAAAUCUUUCAUCUUAAUUACAAUUCCAAAAGUGGAGCGGUUUGAAGUCACAUCGAGGGGUGGGGAAUUUGUGUCAGAGGUAGACAAGUUCAUCAAUAUAAAAGUUGCCCCGGACACAUUCCAGAUGGGGACUGUCAAUAUGGAGGUGAUUCCGACACCAGUGUAUAAGUCCGAAAACUUCAAAAAUAUUCUAUCAAUUGGUCACUUUUAUGAUCUACACCACAGUCUUGGCUGUGACCAGUUUCAAAAGAAUGGCGUCACAUUUACAUCACCAAUACCACAUGAGUUUGAAAGCGAGGGAGAACUUUGUGUCUUGGCAGCAGAUAUUCCAUUGGAUUUCGAUCCAGACGUAGAUAAAUUAAACGAGAAUAUAUGGGAAAUUUUGGACAGAGAUCCGAAGAAGAAAAAAGGAAGAGUGUCAUGUGACCUGUCCCAUUUUUCUACACAUGUUUUGGCCGAGAAAAGAAAAGGAACCACCGACGCAAGCUUUAAAUCUCAAGUGAAUAAAAUUCAUACUAAGGCGUAUAAGAGAGCAAAAGUAAUCUGCUUCUUUGCAGUUCUAAAACCAAUGCCUGGUAACAUUUACGAAAUUGCUUUAGAAUGUACAGUUCCACAAAAGGUAAAUGACCGAUUGAACCAAUGGAAGUCUGACAAUUACAUUGCUUUGUCUCCAAAAUGUACGGGUGACUUUGACAGUUACGAAAAACAGGAGUACAGUAUAAUAUUUUCGGGAAACAUUAAAAUGCAAUUUGGAACAACAAAACUUCAAUUUCAUUCAAAGCGAAAAAACAGUUUUCAGACACUUUGCAUUUGCAUUGCAAAUAAAGACGAACCAGCAAACGGCUCAUUGGAUGUGAUCGAAAUGCCAGAGGAAGAAAAAUUAACCAGUAUCAUGCUGUGGUUGUCCAAUAUAACAGCAAAAAACCCCACUCCUAAAAAAGAGGAUUCAUUUACAGGUUUUACUCGAGAGAAACUUCUAAAGAAGAUAGCGACAAAUUUGGGCCCAGAAUGGACUCGUUUUUGUGUCUUGCUUGGAAUUCCUUUCCGCAAAGUAGAUGAAAUAAGGACUAAAACAUUUAAAGACAAUUCUACAGAAAAUAAAAUCGUGAAAGUAUUGCUUGAGUGGAGGAAGAACUCUCAGCACCUGGAUGAUAUGGGAGUUGUGGAUCUAGUGACAGCUCUGUCCAGGGUAGAAAGGAAUGACGUUGCUGAUUUAGUCCACCAGGACCUCAGGGAAUGGUUAAAGGAAAACAAAGUUGAAAAAGAAGACAGAUUUUAUAAAUGGGCAGAGAAUGCUAUAAAGGGAACAUUAGAUAUAUCAAGAAAAGAAGAUUAUCUUGAGCCUAUGUCUGACGAAUUUUUUGUCCUUCUCGUCGAAAAAUUUGCAAAUCCAGAUUUCCAAAAUCUUGGUGUGUUAUUGGGAAUACCUGAAAACCAGAAUUCAAACAUCUUCGCGGAUACAACAUUUCCAAAUUACCAGUACAAAGUUUUGCAUAUGUUCAUUGUCGCUCGGGAGAGACAGAAAGAUCGCGUCAAUGCCCUCAUAGAUCUCACUGACGCUCUCAAAAUUACAAAGAACUUUGAUUGCUUGCAAUGGGUCCAGGACUGUAAGAUAAAGUGGUUAGAAAAAACUAAAGAUAAAAAGAAGAAAACGAAAUAUCAUCUGGACUUGGAGAAAUUAAUCCGGAAAGAGGCUGGGGAAAGCAUUGAGGAAGAUGAGGAGAGUGACUUGGGAGAAGAAACGGAGCUGAUUGGGGAUCACAAGGGGGGAAAUAAGAAAACAGAAUCAAAACCUGAGUCAGAAACUCAAGAGGAAGAAAAGUCUGAACUAAAAGAGGAUGAAAACCAAGCACACGUUAGGUUCAGCGAAAAAAAUGAUUAUGAACUAAGAAAAGAUAGAAACGAAGAAGAACAAGAAGAAAAAUCUAAAAAUAUUAAAUCUAGAUUAACGGAAGAUGGAACAUUGGAGAAAAGUGGCGAAGAUUCCGAAAUAAAAAAUCAAGAACAUGAAGAAGUUAAAAUGAUAGAUGAGCAACUUAACCAGUCUAACGACAAUAAUUAUGACUUAAAGAAUCCUAAAAAAUCUAAAGACAGGUAUAAUGAAGUUGAGGAAGGCGAACCCUCGAGGAUGAAUAAAGAUGAGUUAAAAGACGACGAUACAGAAGAAAGUAUUUCUAAUGCUUCAAAUUCUAAUGACAAUAAUGCCGAUUAUCCCGAAGAUAAUACAAUUGUGAAUGAUCAGAACAAACAUCAUAGAUAUAAUUCUGAACACCAUGAAAAAUUACAAAGGGAAGAUAUGGACAGUGACACAGUUAUUAUUGAAGGGGAAAAUUCUGAUUACAAUCACAAAACUUUUAAAGACAAAGAAUCUGAUUUAGAUGAAGAUGAACACGUCGAUAAAACUCAAGAGAAAACUGGGGAGAGAGACAGUCAUAUUGAAGUCUUUAGCACCGAGGAACAGCAAGAAAAAUCGACAGAUGGUCAACUGGUUGUAAAAGAGCUUGCCAUUGCCGAUGGAAAGAAAUCAAAAGACAACGAUGGAUAUUUAGAGAAAGGGGAGGAAACGAUUUCUUUCACAAGGAUAACAACGUAAAUUAUUAAACGACAUUUUGACAAGUCUCUUGUAAAAAGAAAUAGCAAAGAAACAAAAGAUAGUGAAAACAAAAUGAUUUACUUCGAAUAGCAAUCAACGUAAAUGAACCAAAUCAAAGCUGAUGACAGUAUAGAGUGUUACACAUGUUACAAUUUAAGAUACCUGUAAACAAUAGAGAUGGUGUGGUGUUAUUUAUUUUUAACAAAUCUUUCAUGUGCAAAGUUUUUAUUUUAUCGGGAAAAUACUCUAUACUAGAAUCGAAAAGAAACGUUUAUAGAUUUUAGUGAAUAUUAUAUAAAUUGACUUUAUAAAUUGUAUUUAUCUAAAUUUGAGAAGAUCUCGAGCUAAAAAUAUGAUACUUAUGUUGCUUUAACAUAUGUACAUGUGAUUUUAAUAUAAACAAUACUAAUACGUAAUUUUGAUUAAAACCAAAUCAUCAACGUUCCGUUUUUUUCCUUAAAUGAUAUUUUCCAAUUUUGACAUAUACCUCGAUCAGAACAUGCCAAAUUGUGGAAAAAGAGCAUGGAGGGUACAGCCGUUCAACAGGGGAUGCAUACUCCUCCUAGGCACAAGGUCCUACCUCUAUUUUUCUAGAGGUCGGGUUGUUCUACUUUAAAUUUGUAUUUCUUUUUAUGGAUUUUUGAGAUGGUUGACAGUUUGUAAUUGUCAUUUUUCAUCUAGCAAUAUAAAUUUUAGAAACAAUUCUGAUAAAACCGAAUUUCAUGAUAUAUAAAAAUUAGGCAGUUCACUGCCAUGAUGCCAAGCCAAUCCGGCCCAUUUAUUUCUAUAAAAUUUAGAGAUCAAAGGAUUCUUUUUGCACUGAUUUUGUCAUGUAUUUAUAAAAAAAACCAAUCGUAUACU